CGAUAAGUCUUUGGCGUCCUAUAUUCUUUCUGUUUUCCACACAGGCUCUGUUCUCCUACUUGCUUACCACUUAACGGGAACGAUGGCCACAGAGUCCACAGCCACUGCCGCCAUCGCCGCGGAGCUGGCUUCUGCCAGAGUUGAAGAAGGUGUUCCUGUGCCAUCUACUUCUACAGAUAAAGUGGAAAGUCUGGAUGUGGAUAGUGAAGCUGAUAAACUACUGGGAUUAGGACAGAAACAUCUGGUGAUGGGUGAUAUUCCGGCAGCUGUUAAUGCAUUCCAGGAAGCAGCCAAUCUUUUUUGUCGUUGUUUUAGCUGGCCCAGGCUGGGUCCAAACCCACCAGCCUUGAUGUGCAUGACUGGUACCCUAACGACUGUGCUAGGGGCCCCGAGCCAGAAGGUAUGUAUUGUUAUGAAUGCAGUUUGACCCUGAGAUUAUAUACGUACUGUACCAAAUUGAUAGUACUUAGAAUAUACAUUGACAGUACUUAGGUAGAU